AUGAGAGUCGCUGGCCUCUCCUAUCGCCGAAUUGUUGCUUCUAUCUUUCUUUCAAUCGUGUUCUUCUGGUAUUUCUUGCCCGUGAGAGAUCGUGAACCGCAGGAGGUCACCUCGGCGCUAUUGCAGCAAGAAUACCCUUUGCUGUACAGGCAUGUGCACAGUUUCAAGGGAACUGGAGGCACAUGGUAUAUUCCGCCGCACUGGUUGCCUGCUCCAAACAUUCAACCAGAGAAUAUCGUGGAUGCAGCUCUGUUAGCCUCCGAAGCUGCCAAUGCCAGCAAGCAUCGCAAGGUACACAACUCUGGGAUCCCCUUGAUUCUUCAUCAGACCUGGAAGACUCGUCGUGCGAACAAAUGGACCGAUCUCUUGCGAAACAGCGUUGAAAGCUGGUUGAAACACGUGGUUCGUGACGACAUGGCCUAUUUCUUCUGGGAGGACGACGGCAUCAUGCAAUUUCUCAAUGAAUUUGAACCCGAUUUUGCUGAAAGCUUUGUCGACUUGCCAGCUAAUGUGGAGCGAACGGACGUCUUUCGAAUUCUGGUAGUGAAAUGGUUUGGCGGCAUUUACGCCGACGUGGACACUCGCCCAUUGCGAGAACCCAAGGGCUGGAUCACUCGUGAAGAUAUCGCGCCUUGGACUGAUCCUGUGACGAACAAGACCUUUAGUUCCACCAAUCCAGUCAGUCUAGUCUUCGGUCUUGAAGCAGAUUGUCCUCCCCUGUCGGAUGACUAUUGGCGCAUGGGCUACACCUAUCCCGUACAACUUACACAAUGGGCGCUUGCAUCUGCGACGGCACAUCCGGUACUUCUUCAUUUCAUGGAUAUCCUAGUUCACCGGCUCGGCGAGAUCGCUGCACAGAAUAACGGCUCAAUUACAACACCCUCGGCUAUCAAGGAGCUUCGUCGCAUCGGUCCACUGGCACUCACUGGUCCUGAAGCGGUGACAACUGCCACAAAAUCUUGGUUGAAAGCCGAGGCAGGACUGCGCUGGAAUGCUUUGACGGGACGGCAUGACGGCGGGCGCAGCAAGCUAGUCGAAGACGUCCUAAUCCUCCCCAUUACAGGAUUCAGUCCCGGACGUGGUCGGUAUGGUAAUAUGGGCUCAAAACCCGUGACCGAUCCUGCCGCCAGAGUCUGGCACCAAGCACAAGGAAGCUGGCGCUCAUUCGAUGCGACGGCCGAAUUUGGUAAAGUCUGCCGCACCCUGUUUGGGUUGUGCAAAGAUUGGUCAAAAGGACAGGAUUGA